UCACGGACGCGGGAUCGUCAACGCCAAGUAACGAAAUAGCACAGCACAGCCACCUGUCCACUUCGAUGUCCCGCCUCCCGGCGACCUGAAGAACACGUGUUGUCAGCGACGUCACACUGGGUGAAGGAGCUGGGCUGAUAGGUUGCCUGUCGCGUCCUAGCAACGGUGCCGCCGGCUGUUGUUGCUGGAGGGGCGGCGGCGGCGGCGGCGGCGGCGGGAAAGGGUCGCCGAGCUCGGGGGAGCGGGAAACGUUGGACAAAAGAAGCAGCAAUGCUUGAGAGCAUACAGUGCGCGAUCUUAGAAAUUGGUAGAAGCUUCUUCCUAACUCUCUCCAACCUUUCGGCUGACGACAUUGUGAACAUAUGGGCAAAUGUUUCUGCUUUCGUGGAUCGCCACAUGUCCCUGCAGAAGGGAGUUCAUAUCUCAGGAUUGGGGACUUUUACUUUCUCACAGCAAAGAUUGGAUGUUGGACAUAGAUUCAUUUUAAUUCAAAGGCCAGUAUUUGUGAUGUCUGAAAAAUUCCUGCAGGUCCAUGGAUUAUCGCGCGCAAAACAGCACGUAUCUGGUGACAUACCCAUUGUUGAACUUAAUUUUACAUUCCUUGCUUUGGAGAGUCCUUAUGAUCGAGAUACUGUGGAAGGAUGUGUCAAAGAGACUUUGCAGAUCAUGAAUCGUUAUAUCGCCUGUAACCGUGAUGUUAAUUUCACAUUCAAAGAUAUUGGUGUGCUAACUAUACGAAAUAACAAGGUCAAAAUGAAGUUUUAUAGAGAAUUUCUAAAUGCUAUGGAUGGUAGUGGAAAUUUAGUGAAAGCCCUUUCAAAUAGACCUGGAACUGCAGAUUCAAUAAAAUCAAUCAAAGAUGUGUGCUCAAUUCGGCCUGCUACAACUAAUUCUGUUCUAUUUCCCAGGAUUCAAUCGGUUGAUGGCAAUGAACGGAAAUCAGUGAUUCAGACAAUUGAAGAAGAAAAUGAGAGAGAAAAUGAUGAAGACCCAUGUAAAGUUCAAAAAAGUGAGAUAAGCAAAGAAAAUGAACAAACUGAAAAAUUGAAGGAAAGAGAGAAAGGUAGAGAGACAGCAGAAAUGCCUCUUGUCAAGCAACCUACUGUUAGACAACCUCUGACUCCUACUAAAACCUUUUCUGUAGGUAUGAUGGAAGAUUUUCAAAAAACUGUUGAACCCAAAGAUUUAUCAGAAAGGUUGUCUUCUCCAUAUCGUUCUUUAUCCUGCAAGUCUGCCAUUCAAGGUACAAACAUGCAGGCAGUAAAGAUCAGAACACCACCUGCCACUGCCUGCUCUGAUCAUUGCAGGGCAGGACAGGAGUUAUGUUACCUUUGCAUGCAACGAGCUCUGAAAAAUUUCCCUAUUGAUCUUUCGGACAACAGAAGAAGAAACGAGAUGGAGGAGGAACAACUACUGCAGCAGUAUCAAAAAAUGAAGAACCAGGAGGCUCUCUUCCAGGAACAGUGUGAACUGUUGGCUGGCAGAGAAUAUAACCAAAAGAUUUCAGCAUUCAACGUAGGAGUCGCUGAAGCCAAAAAGAGACGGAAGAAUUCAAAAUGCAAAGACGUCUAUAAUGGAUACAUAUUCCAAAAGAGACUUUUGACACCACCAGUCAUUCUGAAGCAACAGCAAUAUGCACAGUGUCUGCAAAAACAGAUGGAAGAGAAAAAACAAAGAGAGAACAGAAAGAAACAAGAUGAUGAUUUUCUGGAUCGCUUAGAACAAGUACAGUUAGCUGAAGAUCUUGCUAUCCAGAGAGAAAUGUAUCUAAAGGAGAAGCAGGAACAAAAAGAAGCCUAUAAAAUUGCAUUGGAUAUACAGCGAAAAGAGAAAUCACGUCAGUUGCCAGCAUUUGUCCCUGAUUCUUCUGGGCCAAUCUUUGGUAGUUCUGACUUACCUGGAAAGUCAGAAGAACAAAAGCAAGCUGCACGUAAUCUUUAUAAGGACCAGAUGCAGGCUGCAGCUGAUCGUAAGAGAGAUGUCAUUCUGAAUCAAAUCUAUGAACAGAAAGCUGAGUCGGAAAUGCUGGAAAGAAACAGGAAAGGCUUAAUAGAGGAACAUAGAAGGCAGUAUGAAAAUUUACAGAGAAUACGUAAAACUUUAGAGGAAGCCUGGGAUGAAAAUGUAACUAUGAAACGAUUGAAAGACUAUGAACAAAAACAACAUUCAAAGUAA